ACACACACACACACACACAUGCUCAUAUCUGUAUACCCGCCCGCCUACAACAAUCCCGCCAAGUACAUCGCCUGCCUUCUAAUCAGCUCUUCAGAGCCUCGCGGAAUAUCAAGCACCAAACUCUUUCGCACGGACUUGCUUGCUCAGCCAUGUCAGGAUACGGAGCACCACCUCCAGGCGGAGGAUUCUAUCCUCCAGCACAAGGUUCAUACCCAUCUCAAGGAGCAGCAGCAGGCUAUCCACCUGCAGGCACUUAUCCGCCUCAAGGCGCGUAUCCCUCUGCUAUCCAGGACGGCUAUCCCGCACCAGGUGGAGCUCCUUACGGUAAUCCCUACGGCGCUCCUGCUCAUCCACCAGCACCUGGACAAGGAUACCCGUACGGAGGAGCGGCAAGCGCACCACCACCUCAGCCGCCCUAUGGUGGAGGAUAUGCGCCCCCUCCUCCGCAGCACGGACAUGGCCAUCAUCACAGCCAUAGCCAUAGCCAUAGUCAUUCGCAGGGACAUGCUGCAUACGGAGCUCCACCUCUACAAGGCGGCGGGUACUACUACAACGGCAUUCCAGUUCCUCCGCCUCCUGGUGCUCCUCCCGCACCGCCUCCUGCUGGCAUAGACGGAGCUCAGCUGGCAGAGUCUGUUCGUAAAGCCACCAAAGGCUUCGGCACAGACGAGAAGCUUCUCAUCUCUACCAUAGCUCCAUUGGACGCCUUUCAAGUGGACGCGCUGAGCAAAUCUUUCAAGUCCAUUAGCGGCAAGGAGAUUGUCAAGGUUUUGGAAAAAGAGACGAGCGGAUGGUUCGAGUAUGCUCUCAGGUUGAAAGUGCUCGGACCACUGGCGGGCGACUGCUGGCUGCUGAAUAGAGCGUGCGAUGGAGCGGGAACGCACGAGGAUCUGCUCAAUGAAGUGCUGCUCGCUCGCAGCAAUGCGGACAUGUGGGCGCUGAAGCAGGCAUACAAGAGUAUUUACGGCAAGGACCUCGAAAGAGUGGUGGAGGGCGAGCUGAGCGUAAAGACGAAACGCAUUUUCUCCAUGGCUAUGAACGGCAACAGGACAGAGGAGAAUGUCCCUCCCAACCCGUCCGACGUUUCCCGCGACGUCCAGGCUCUGAAAUCUGCAGCGCGAGGUAUGGGGACGGACGAAAUCACUAUUUGUUCCAUCCUUGUUGGUAGGUCUCAAGCCCAGCUAGUCGCUAUUGCCCGAGAAUAUCAGCACAAACACGGAGCAUUGUCCAGCAUGGUCCGAUCAGAGUUCUCGGGGCAUAUGAGGGACGCGUUGCUCUUUAUUGCUGAUGGAGCCGAAAGAGGAGGACAAGGAAUAGAGAGGGACGCCCAAUUGCUCGAAAACGCCAUGGCCGGCAUGGGAACAAAAGAUGAACGUCUCACUUAUCGUCUGAUUCGAUUGCAUUGGAAUAGGCAUCGCUUCAACGAGGUCAAGAUGGCCUACGCCGGACUCGUGAACAAGAAAGGUCUUCGAUCUAGGGUGGCAGGCGAGACUUCGGGCGACUAUGGACGCUUCUUGGAGGCACUUGUGGGACACUGAGCCGAGGGCUGCUGAUCUUCGGGCUCGCGCACGAUGCACUCAAGGUGCGAAUAGCGACCCACUCGAAGGAAUUUUGAAUGGUCAUGAACAGAACAAUCACCAUGCUCUGACGGCGCCAUGCUUCGGGCUGUCGGCGCGCUUGUGAAGUGUGGCAUAGCCGCGUCGUAUCGAGUCCCAGUCUCCCACCAAGCCGAAACUUGUCUUGCCGAAAAUACCAUCUGGUUCAAAGGCGCUUGUCGACCUUGCAAAGCUAGGUACGUCCAUCCAGUCCUAGGAUGCGUUCGAGCCAGCUUCAUAUCUAUCAGCCACUUGCUCGCAAAGAAGCUCAAAUGGGACGCAUCAAACCAAGACCCCUCUCACCUACUUUGCCUUUGUACCUCUUUGCGCAUUGUUCCCCCCUUUCCCUUUCCCACUUUCAGCUCUGAACCCCG